AAAUCAGAGUAGUUGACGCCAUAGAUAAUAACACUUGUUGACGCCCGUCAAAGAAUAAAGAAAUUACGUAUGACACAGUAAUUUAUUAACAUUAAAGAAUAUAAACAUUACGAACACGUGCAUCCUUUACAUAUUGUUUGGAGUAUAAUACCAUUUACCGGCUCCAUUGAUGUAAAAUAUUAUUAUUGGUAUAUUAUUUGGUAGCCAUGGAGCAUCGUCAAAGCCUGGAAGUGCCUUAUCCGACAGAUGUAGUGUCCUUCCUGCCCUACGUGUGUGAACAACUACAGACACCGUUCAGGAUUCGCGUGCGAACGGCAGUACAAGAGUACAUAAGUAAAACUGAAGAAAAAUCUAAAAAGAUUAGAUCAAAAACAACGUUGGUUCAACGAACAUCGCGCACCCAACAGUCGCAAGACGUGGACACCGCCUCCGACAGCGCCGCAGCCCGGAACACGUUCUACGAAACAGGUGAAAUCGUUAUUACUGCUCUGUAUGACGUUUCAGAUCGACUCGUAGAACUUAAAUUUAACCGAUGCAGGGAAAUACCGCGUCUACUAAUGAAAAUCAUCGGCCUCUGCGUUCCCUAUCAACCUUACUUGAGCAAAAUUACGAUACGAUGGUCGCCCAUGAGUGGAGUUGCUUUGUACGAAGUUGCGAAAUUUUUACCACAGUCUCAAGUCACUGAAAUAAUACUGGACGAUACCUCAGUCCCAGAGAACCACUGGAUGCUUUUAGAACAUCCUCAUCUGAAACAUUUGUCUCUUGAUCGGUGUAAAAUUUCUGACACUGAUUGUAUCGUGAUUGCCAACAAACUGGUCUAUCCUCUGGUCGCCUCUAAGAUCUUGUCGAUAUUGUCUAUCGCGUCAAAUGACAUCACAGACGUGGGGGCCAAUGCGCUGGGUGAAGCUUUGAGAAGUAAUCGCACAUUACAACACCUCAACCUUGCCGGUAACGAGAUCACUGACAUCGGUGCUUCGAACAUUCUGUGCAGCCUCUCAGAAUUCUAUUUAACGACAAAUGAACUAAAAACUAAACGGCAACGGCUUCUAGAAUACUUGAAGCUUAAAAAAGAAGUUUACGAUAAGUGUCUUCUAGAAUUAACAGCAUCGUCAAAAGAAAAGUCGCAUGACGAAUUCAGCAGACCUAGUAAAAAAAAGACCACGAGUGCUCAAUCAAAGAAAAGUGUAAUGUCGGUUAGAGGCGAACCUAGUUCAGCGGAUACUAUAUCCAUGAGGGCUGAUAUGAUGACCACCGAACUUAUAGGCUCAUACAGUGAUCCUUACAGUAGCGAGGAGACCAAGGCUCGCGGUGAGUUCGUGUCCUGUGUCGGUAAUAUGUCACUGUGCUCAUUGAAUCUUUCGUUCAAUAAUUUGGGAUUCGCGACCGUGAAGAAUCUACUUAACGUUUUACAGUAUCAGGAGACGCUAUGUCAGAAAACUGGACCAGGUCUAAUGAGAGUGCUGAUUGAGGGAAACAAUAUCCCCGUGGAAUGUGCCGAAUACUUGCUGAUGGACGAGUUGUUAGAGAGAGCCGUGAGUAAGGCGGUAAAACCGGUGCGGAAAAUCGAACGAGGAAAGCCGAAAAUAAAAUGAUGCAUAAAUAUCUACACCCUAAUAAUUUCUAUGGAGUUUUCUGUGUUAGUUAUACUGAAAUAAAUUUUAGAUAGAUUAAAAUGUUUUGGAGGUGUGUUAUUUUAUGUUUAUAACAUUGAAACUAUUGUAUGACAAUUUCAUAGUAAAACAAUUUCAUAGUAAACAAGAA